CUGUUUGCUGCGCCUUCAAGGUAGAAAAUAUAUAGAGUCCGCGAAAAUUUUAGCUUUUCUUAUUCCCUCAACAUCCUUUGUAAGGAUUUUUUUUCGUUUUCUCAGUUUUAUCAACAGCUUCUGAAAUAUGGCAGUUCGUGCACAAUUUGAAAACAGUAACGAGAUCGGUGUUUUCUCUCGUUUGACCAAUAGUUACUGUUUGGUUGCCCUUGGUGGCUCUGAAAACUUUUAUAGUGUUUUCGAAGGUGAAUUAGGCGAUGUCGUUCCCGUCAUUCACACCUCUAUUGCUGGUACCCGUAUUGUAGGUCGUUUGACCGUUGGUAAUAAGAACGGAUUACUCGUUCCCAGCACCACAACAGAUCAAGAACUCCAGCAUUUGCGUAAUUCUCUACCGGACAAUGUGGCAGUGCAACGUGUAGAGGAACGUUUAUCAGCAUUAGGCAACGUUAUUGCUUGUAACGAUUACGUGGCCCUAGUUCACCCUGAUCUCGAUCGCGAAACAGAAGAAAUUAUUGCCGAUACAUUGGGAGUCGAAGUAUUCCGUCAAACUGUAGCAGAUAACGUCCUUGUGGGAUCUUACUGUGCCUUAAGUAAUAAUGGUGGUCUUGUCCAUCCUCGUACCUCAGUACAAGAUCAAGAUGAAUUAUCUACUCUUCUACAAAUUCCUUUAGUCGCCGGUACCGUUAACCGUGGUUCUGACGUUAUUGGUGCAGGCUGCGUUGUGAACGAUUGGUGUGCUUUUGCUGGUAUGGAUACUACUUCAACCGAAUUGAGUGUUAUGGAAAGUAUCUUCAAACUGCAAGAUGCUCAACCCACGGCUAUCGUCAAUGAACUUAGAGAUACCUUGGUUGAUACUUACUCAUAAGCUAGCCGCUUUGUACGUAUCGUAUUAGAUUAAUUCUUUUUUUUUCCGGCUAGUACUUAUUCUUCCUUCCCUCUUAACGUUUUGGUAAUUCUCUCUCAAUUUAUUUGUAAUUCUCUCUUUUUCUUCAAGACAAUUUCUUUUUUUACCGAUGUAAAAAGCUGUAAUAUAAUUUAACUUAAUAAAGGAUUGGAGUGAGUCUAGUUGAAACUUUAUAUUACUGCUGUCAUUUUAAAAAUUGACGCAGUAAGUGAUCGCACUUCCAGACAUAGAAAUGAAGUAUUAACUUCAAUGCUACAAUGUUAACCCACAGAAUAAGCUCGAAUAUUCCUGGGCUAAAAACGUUAAUGUUGAUAACACUAAUUCUUAGAGAACACAAUGGAAAUUGAAGACAAAAUGCCGUG